AUGAUCCUAGGAAAUCACAGUGUGGUGACUGAAUUUGUGUUCCUAGCUUUCCCCAACAACAGACUGAUCCAGGCCCUGGUCUUCACAGCCAUGCUUCUGGUCUACAUAGCCAAUGUUUUAGGAAAUCUGCUCAUCAUAGUAGCUAUCUGGGAGCAUCCCAGCUUGCAUACUCCUAUGUACUUUUUCCUGUGGUCUCUUUCCAUAACUGAGCUCUGCUUUACAACAUCUGUGAUACCCCACAUGCUGGUGAAUAUUUUACAAGAAGAGAAAAGCAUCACUGUUGGAGGGUGUGGGGUCCAGAUGUUCAUCUUCAUAGCCCUGGGCAGCACCGACAGCUUCCUUCUAGUGGCAAUGGCUUAUGAUCGCUAUGUCGCCAUCUGCCACCCUCUGCACUACGCUCACAUCCUGACAUGGCAGAGAUGUGUUUGGCUCGUGGCCAUGGCACUGGCCCUGGGGGUGCUGUUGUCUAUGGAAAUUGCAGUCCUGAUAUUUCAUCUUCCUUUCAAUGGCUCCAACCAGAUUGAACAUUUUUUCUGUGAUGUCAAUCAGCUGCUGAAGCUGGCAAGUACCAGGACUGACUCGGAGGAGAUUGCCCAGUUCGCUGGCAGCGUCCUUAUCCUUUCCGUUCCCUUCCUGCUCAUCGCUGUCUCGUACAUUUGCAUCAUCAGAACAAUCCUGCAGAUCCCCUCAGCCAAGGGGCGGGUCCAGACUUUCAACACUUGCUCCUCCCACCUCAUCGUGGUCUUGCUUCAGUAUGGCUGUGGCUCUCUGGUGUACCUUCACCCUAAAUCCAGACAGUUUGAUAAGAUGGAUCAGCUGCUUUCACUGGUGUACAUCUUUGGCAUCCCCAUUCUGAACCCCGUUGUCUACAGCCUGAGAAACAAGGAGCUCAAAGAUGCCGUAAGAAAACUCGUGCUGAAGGGAAAGCUAGAAAUGAGAGACAAGUAG